AGGGAACGAGGCGUGGCUUUGGCUAUAAUGUGAUUCGGUGUAUUGUGGCGGUAGAAUGGCUGGUGCGGAGCAGCUGGGCUUGACAAAAAAACAACUAUGGGAGGCAGAACAUUCGGAGCCGCCACCUAGAUACCCGCCCCCGGACUUUUCUCCGGCCCCUUCGGUGAAUUCGGAGAAGAACAAACGCUUGGCCUCCGGCCUUUGUGAGCAGCGCAGAAACUUAAGCGGGUCCUGUUUCAACGUUACUCCGCCCGAGGAUUCAAGAUUUGAUGAUAGGUACCAUCGCCAAGUCGACAAGGUGCCUGACGUCAACUAUGAUCUCUCCUACUUUCCGACCGACCUACAUGUUUCUAAAAUAGCAAAGAAGACCAGAAAGACGCGCAAAGGUACCAGGGUUUCUGAUGCCCUUGCCACUGAAAUUGACAUACAGAAAGAACUGCAGGCUCAGAAAGAGAGAGAGCUAAUGUAGUGAUAAUGAUGAUGAGGAGGAAGACGAAGCGUUUGAACAGAAGAGCAAAGAAGAUGAGGAUGACAUUGAGGAGGAAGAUGAUUCGGAUGAGGAAGCGGAGCUGGAUGAGGCCACGGACUAUGUUCAUAACUAUUAUGAUGAUGAUGCCCUUAGUGAGGACAACUCGGAUGAAGGUGCCACCUACUAAGACAUUAUUGUGCGCAAAGGUCUACUGUGGUUUCCGAGUGCGCAGCACAAUCCCAAAA